GAAUGAAUGCUAGAGAUACUGGUAUGCUUAGAACAAAGAGUAUUGUUAUUAUUAUAGAUUGGUUACCGCCGUGGAAUGGGUCGGGGCCCGUGUGGGUGAUGAGCGCGUGUGGCGCUGUACCCAGUGGUGCGGUUUCGGCUGGAGUAGCUGGCGGUGAACUUAUUUGGGUUGCCAGAACUACACACAAAAACAAAGUGUUGCCAGCGGCGCUUCAUCCAUCAAAACAUUGUUGCAUCGUGUACGCAGAUGGUGGCGCUCAUUGCUAUACUAAAUAUCAGGUGAUGUGCGGGGCGGCAGCGCAGUGGGUGUCGUGGCGGGGCGGGGAGGAAUGCGGCCGUGCGGUGCGAGCCGGCGGCGGCGAGGCGGGCGGCGUGCUGGUGGGGCGCGUGCAGCACCGCGGCGACCACCUGCUGGGUCCCGUCCUGGCGCCGCACUACCGCUGCCACCUCCUCAUAUACGGACGACCGUUCGCCUUCAACUGUUACGAGCUACUCGUGCUUGCCGAUGACGUUUCGACUUAGUUUCGCGUACAACCAAAAUUU